AUUUCCGGUCUCCAUUUUAUUAUAGCUAGCAGCUCAUGUCGCAGCUACAGACAGGCGUUUCGACGGAAGACUGCAAACGGAUCGAAUAUUAGUGUUGGUUUUACAAUAAGUUUCUCAUUCACGUUUGCGGAGUAUCAAUUUGUUUUGAAAAUUGAGACCUGUUGAAAUGGCAGAUCCAGCCAUGCACCGAGAUUGCCCUCUCGACUGCAAGGUCUAUGUGGGAAACCUGGGAAAUAAUGGCAACAAGACAGAGCUGGAGAGGUCCUUUGGCUAUUAUGGGCCACUUCGCAGUGUCUGGGUAGCAAGGAACCCCCCAGGCUUUGCUUUUGUGGAAUUUGAAGAUCCAAGGGACGCAACAGACGCAGUGAGGGAGCUUGAUGGAAGGACACUAAGUGGUUCUCGUGUGCGAGUGGAGCUGUCCAAUGGUGAGAAACGCACCCGCAACCGGGGUCCUCCUCCCUCAUGGAGCAGACGUCCUCGAGAUGAACAUCGUGGGCGUCGUGGUAGCCCGCCCGCCAGGCGCAGAUCUCCACGAAGAAGGAGCUUCAGCCGCAGCCGAAGCAGGUCUCUCUCCAGAGACAGGAAGAGGGAGAGAUCUCUGUCCCGGGACAGAAACCAUAAACCCUCAAGAUCAUUCUCUCGAUCAAGGAGCCGCUCCAGAUCUACUGAGAGAAAGUAAGAAGAUUCACGGCAAUCGAUGGAUGAACAAAUACAGCCAUCCCUCUAGCGAGUUGUUUCAUGUGAUGGACUAUAAAUGACCCCUGGUCAUUGGUCUUUUUUUCUCUCUUUUUUUAACAAUCAAAUUUGCUUCUUUGUGACUUUCAAGGCAUCUAUUUCCUCUGUAUUUUGUAAAUAAGUGGGUAUGCAGGUGUAAUACGUUACUGAAAGGGCUGAACUUGAGAACCAACUUCUCAUUCAAAAUAGCAUAUAAGACAUCGAUGUUAGUCAAACAUUUAUUCCAGUGCCAAAAUUUACCCAAAAAAAUGCAAGUAAGUACAUAAAGUCAGUAUCGUCCAAAACAGACUUGUGAGAUUUGUGUACAAGAUUUCGGCAUGGCUUGAGUGUUUGAGUAUCUGUAUGUCUAAAAGUACCAGGUCAAGGAAAGGCCCUGUUUUAAAUAGUCUAGUGCUCACAUCACGUUUCCAUGUCAGCAAGAUUUGUCUGGAGGUGGUAAAAGGCUAUUGUCAUCUAUUCUAUGUUGAUUAAUAUAUGUAUCUUGUUGUCUAAUUGAUCUAUAGGAUUUUCGCUGUUCUUCCAGUUCCUGUUGGUAAAUAUUUGUCAAUGGGAAUAAUGGCACCCGUAUUCAGGAUAUUGGAAUCUAUUUGAGAAAAGAGAUGCAAAGUACUGAAUACAAUUAUCUCAAUUUUGGCUCUACAAUAUUCCACUUUUCCUUUGUACUAUUUGUAAUGUUCUCUGAAUUAAAAACUGGUUGUAGAAAAGUCUUCUGUUAACAUUUUGUGGGGAGAUAUAAAAUAUUAAACUGUCUACAGACCUCAAAGAUGUUCUUGCUUUGGAUGUAGAAUCAUCGAUAUGAAACUAGAAAAGAUUCAACUAUGCUUCAUCACAAAUCAACAGGGAAAUGCUGGGCUUCAUGAUGACAAACAAUGAUUAUAUUUCUUAUUUCUUUGGUAUUGAAGCAUACAGCAGAUUUCCAACAAGAGGUUGGAAAAUGUAUUCAUUUGAUUUGAGCAAACACUUUAGGUCAGAACAAAUGUUUUCUCUUUAUUCUUCCAAUUUGCACACUUUACUGUUUUGUUUUUUCUUCAGAUUCACCACAAGAUGUAGCUGAUUAAAUGGCGUGAUCAUUAUACAGAUGCAUCGUGUGCUGGGGACAAAAUGCCACUACAAUGUGCAGUUUUGUCACAAUGCCAUAGAUGUGAAGUUUUGAGGGAGUGUGCAAUUGGCAUGCUAACUGCAAGAAUGUCCAUCAGAGCUGUUGCCAGAUAAUUGAAUGUUCAUUCCUCUACCAUAAGCUGCCUCCAAUGUCAUUUUAGAGUGGAAAUGCUGCUGAGGAGUAUUUCUGUGUAUUGAAGCCCUUUUGUGGGGAAAACUCAUUGAUUGGCUGGGCCUGGCUCCCAAGUGGGUGGGUCUAGGCCCACCCAUGGCUGCACCCUGCCCAGUCAUGUGAAAUCCAUAUAUUAAGGCUUAAUUCAUUUAAAUUGGCUGAUUUCUUCAUAUGAACUGUAACUCAGUAAAAUCAAUAAAUUGUUGCAUGUUAAGUUUA